UUAUUAUUGCUCCUAAUAGUUUGCAUGGACUUAGAAAUAAAAUUAGACAAGGUUUAAUUGAGGAUGUGCCAAUCUCAAGGCCUCGUUGUCCAACAGAUUGGAAAUCGAAUCUUCCUGGAGAAGCGGAUCAAAUAAUUGAUCCACUUUUUGAUGCUUACAUCAAUUACUUAACAGCCACUGGAUAUCCUUGGUCUGAAAGGAAUUAUAAUAAACUUUGGCCUGUAGAUAUUCAAAUAUGUCCAAAAUAUAUCCUUAGGAGUCAUGUAAUAUAUGGACCUGCACUCUUAAUGGGUAUGAGUUUACCACCUCCGAAAAAAAUAUUUGCCCAUUCAUUUCGACAAUCGCGAAAUGAUGCAGAGCCUUUCCGAGUAAUUAAUUAUUAUGGUGCUGAUGUUUUUCGAUAUGUCUAUUUAGCAUAUGUAGAUCCCUCUAACUCAAAUGAAUUUUCAGACCAAAAUAUCAAUAGUCGGUAUUCCACAGAUUUAGUGAAUCAACUUGGUCAACUAAUUGGUAAAUGUUUAUCUUCUCAGUUAUUCCCAAAUGGUCCAUGGAUUCCAAUGUCUCCAACAAACGAAAAUGGAAUACCUGAAACUGAUAGGAUUAUAUAUCAGACUUUAGAAAAUUUACCAG